AUGGUCGACUUGAAGCAGCAACUCCAAUGGAUUGACUACUUGGGUGUGGUGGCCGUCUGGCUGUGCUUCUUCGGCGCCAUUCUGGUCAUCUCCAUCACUUGCAUUCUCUGGUGUUGCGUCUCGAAAGACGACGAUCCGACCGUGUUUGCCAAGGUUUGUCUUUUAAUAAAUCCAUCUUUCGUAGAAUUUCUGGUAAAAGAUCAGUGACGUCAGCAGAUUCUUGUUUUCUCUCUCUCUCUCUCUCUCCCUUCCACAAGGGAGUCAGAAAGACGCUUUUCACUUUUCACAUUUCAUUAUAAAUAGUGAACCAAAGUAGUCGAACCGAACAGCUGGUGUAUACAUCCUGGUCUCAAUCUUUAUUUCCGGCCUCUCGACCUCCGCGGGGUUAAGUAAAAUUGAAAUGCGCACUAUUGAAUGACGUCAAAAGAAAGAGAGAGAGAGAGUAUGUAAUUUGUUUGGAGAAGCUCAUUAUUGCGCAGAACUCGCAAAGCGAAAAGGAAAAGGAAAAGAGAGAAAAAGAAAUUUAAAUUGACUCGGCGGCAUACUUUAAGAAGUGAUUAUGCAAAUUUUUGAUUUCACUGUGGGAAAUUUGGAAAAUGGAAAACUUAUGAAUAAUUGUGCUCAUUUUCAGUACGGAUUCGGACCACAACCACGCAUCCCGUCCCAGAGGUGUGCGGCUCAAGAGGCUAAGGCUGAAUAAUCAUGCUCACCAACCACUUCUUCUAACACCAGUUUUCCAUCUAGAUUACUCUUUUUUCUUAUUCUAGUAAACCGAUAACUUAAUAUUCGGUAGGUCUCAGUUCAACUAACAUUUUGGAUCACACUUCUGUUAUCCGAAACUGUCAAAAAACCCAACCCAAAUUCAAAUUCUUUUCAGAUCCAAGUUGCCGGUGGACAAAGAUUUCUAG